CACAGAGCAACGCACCGGGAGACAUGGGGGUUUCGGCGUGUAUUAUGUUGAGGAACUGAGUUGUGUGGGUCGAGGUGGUCCCGUGGAGCUUGCUAAUUCAUACAAAAUUAAACGCCGGGAUUUAUACCAACGAGGCUGUCCAUGCGAAGCCUAGCGUUGCUCUUGUGCCCGUGUGUUGUCGCGGUAGCGGUGCAUCUUUGGUUGGUAAUAAGCAGAACCGCCUCCUUUUUGGAUCUCCUGCAUUCAGGUCAGGAGUGUACUUCUUGCGAGCUUCUUGUCGGAGUGCUGUCCGCAAGACAUCAUCAUGGUCUCAGGGAGGCGAUAAGAAAUACUUGGCUUGGGUACCUCCGACAGCACCCUCAUUUCCGACACCGGGUGGCGGUGAAGUUCAUCAUUGGGACUCAUGGCUGUGCUGUGCCGGAAGAGGACAGAGAGGACCUGUACUCCUGCACCCUGCUCAACCUUACUGAGCCAGUGACCGGGCAGGAAACUGAAAUCCUGUCCAUGCCGGAUGCCUCUGUCCUCUCUGCCUCGGAGGCCUCGGUUGUCAGCCUGGACUUCAAAGUCCUGCACCCCAUUGUGAUCACGCGGCUGGGGGUGUUCCCCGACGGGCCCGAUCAGGGGUUCAGGAGGAACGUCACCGUCAGGCUCUUCCAGCUGGAGCAGGAGGAAGCGAUCGUUACAGCCCGGUUCAGCCCAAUCAGCUUUGGGGUCAGUGUGAACGGGGUCUGGUACAAACCAGUGGAGCAGUUCAUCCUGCCAAAGGGGUUCGAAGGCACGCUGGUCUGGGAGAGUGUGGACUCGGAGAGCCUCAUCACAGCCAACGUCUCUGCAGUGCAGUUUAACAGCGGGGGUGGGGUGGUGAGAGUUUCUCCACCGGAGGAUGGCAUCUUACCACAUCGGAGCACUCAGGGGGUCCCUGGCCUGGCUGGAGGGUUCACGUUCACCGUGUACGACACGGAGGGCCUGGCGGAGAUGCUGAGGGGACGGCCCGGGCGGGUGAAGAGUCAUGCUGAAGCCCUGCUAGAGGAGGACGCUGCUCUGCAGAGGGAGAGCCUUCAGCAUGGAGACAUGGUCUUCGUCGAUGUGGUGGACACGUACAGAAAUGUGCCUUCUAAACUGCUGCAGUUCUACAAAUGGGCUGUGAGGAAUGCAGACUUUGAUCUGCUUCUGAAGACGGAUGAUGACUGUUACAUCGACGUAGACGCGGUGUUAAUGAAGAUAGACCACAAAGGGCUGAGGAGGAGGAAUUUUUGGUGGGGGAAUUUCAGACAGAGCUGGGCAGUGGACCGCACUGGGAAGUGGCAGGAGCUGGAAUAUGCCAGCCCAGCCUAUCCUGCGUUCGCCUGUGGCUCUGGCUACGUCGCCUCGCAGGAUCUCAUCCAGUGGCUCGCAGACGAUGCUGAACGGCUGAAGGCCUACCAGGGUGAAGAUGUCAGCAUGGGUAUAUGGAUGGCAGCGAUCGGGCCUCGAAAAUUUCAGGACCCAGGCUGGCUGUGCGAGAAGGACUGCCACGCGGACAUGCUGUCCUCCCCUCAGCACUCUCCCGCGGAGCUGCUCUUGCUGUGGCGCCGGCGGAGCACCUGCGGGGAUCCUUGCGGCUGUCCCGGAGACGAUCAGUGAGUCUGGGAGCCUGCCGGCACGGCUGUGUGCCCGGGCGCAGUCCAGAGGUAUCUUGCUCUCCUUUGAGACCUUCCGCUGAGGAGGUUCAUUUUCCGAGAGUGACUUCACCGUGUCUACCAGUAGGAAUGUUUUUUUAACACCUCUUCAUGGGGCACUGGACUUAAUUGUGCCAGGUCUGAAUGACUUAGGCCACAUUUAAGAAUAUGAAAUUGGAUUGUCACCGAACUAGUAGCAAGCAGCUGAAAAGGUUAUGGAAUUCAUUUUUAUUUUCUGGAAUUCCUUUGGUAGUAAAUGCUUGUGCUGUUCCUUGGGAUGAGGAGAAAAUACAGGCAAGCCCCAAUGAUUUUAACCCCCUGCCUGCCUUUCUGGGCCUUGCUGGGUGUGCCCCAUGAUGGCGGUAAGCAGUCUUGUUCAUCAGCAGUCCAUCCUGUCUCUCACACACACCUGAGUUGUGCUGUUAUACUGAUGUUGGGUUUCUGAUUGAAGCACGCGAUAAAUCUGCGAGCCAGGGCCCGUUUCUCAGCGUCGGGGUUCAAACCCAGCUGCAAAGGAGUGGCUUGACCUGACCCCUGUCCUGUUAUUUUAAGUGGACAGCACAGGAAAAACAACCCAUACAGUAUCUGGUUUCAUCUGAUCAUCUGUGUACUGUGCUUUAUAUAAGGGCAGAAUGACUAUUAAGGAUUAAU